AUGGACGUAGCGAAUCAUCUAGCUUUCGCAUACCUCUGCAACGGCUUGAAGACUGGUAUGGCUGAAUAUACAGUAACAUUUAUGCAUUUGCAAAAUGCACUGUACGACUGCCUUCGCGAGAACAACCUGCUCAAACAGGCUGAUGGCGUCGCCGAAACAGCAGCGGGUACGAUUGUUAUCCCCGAUUCAAAAAGUGCUUGA